AAUUUCCCCCUCUGUAUUCUCCAACAAGAUCCUCAGUCAAGAAGUCUCUUUUACUUCUCCUCUAGAGGUUCUCUCUCUCUAGUCUCUACCAAACAGUUGCAGCUCUUGUGGCUUCAUCUGAUCCUCUUCUUUUUAUCUUUAUUUUAUUCCUUUUCCUUUGUCACCAGGACGAAAAAGAUCUCAAUUCCGCCCCCAUUCCAGACAAGUUUACAAGUUGCCAAUUUUGAGUUUCCUUCCUUGCUUCUCCCACUUGCGUAAAAUAUCCACCAAGUUUCCAGCUUUAGAUUCCCCCAUCUGGUCCAGAAGAAUUUCCCCACUUCCCCUCGUUUCAGGAUCUUACCCGCCACUGGGUUGUCUAGAGAGAGUGAGGGAAGGAGAUGAAGAUACAGUGCAACGUGUGCGAGGGGGCGGAGGCGAACGUACUGUGCUGCGCAGACGAGGCAGCAUUGUGUUGGGCCUGCGACGAGAAGGUACACGCCGCCAACAGGUUGGCAAGCAAGCAUCAAAGGAUUCCGCUUACCAGCUCUUCCCCUCAAUUGCCCAAAUGCGAUAUUUGUCAGGAAAUGGCAGGCUUUUUCUUCUGCCUAGAAGACAGAGCUUUGCUCUGCAGGAAAUGUGAUUUGGCCAUUCACACAGCAAAUGAAUAUGUGUCUGCUCAUCAGAGAUUUUUACUUACAGGAGUGAAGGUAGGUCUUGAGCCUACUGAUCCUGGUAGAUCUUCGUCCUCAGGUAAGUCGCCUUCUGGUGAAAAGCAAUCGGCGAUGAAAUCUCAAUCUGUUUCUGAAAGAAUCACACCAGCAAUGCCAUUCGCUAGUACCUCGAAUGAUACUCCAUCUGUGAAUGGUGGUGGAUUAAGGAGCUCUGAGCCUUCUGCAAAGGUGCCUUUUUCGGAGGAUUAUCAGGCCGGAGGCAUCCAACAGUGGCCACAACUAGAUGAAUUUAUGGGUUUAACUGAGUUGAACCAAACUUACAGCUACUUGGGUAACGGUUCAUCAAAGGCUGAUAGUGGGAGGCGUGGAGACUCCAACAGCUCCUCUGCAAUGAUGAGGUCUGGUGACGAUGAAGUGGAUAAAGAUGAGUCUCACGGUCAAGCUUCAGAUAGCUAUUGGGCAGUGCCGGAGAUGCCAUCACCCCCGACUGCCUCAGGGCUCUGCUGGCCAAAACAACCCUGGGAUCACGGGGUGGUUUCCGUGCCAGAUAUAAGCUGCUCAGGUGCUCAAACCAACUAUGAUGGCGAGAAAGAACAUGUAAGAGCCAGAAAGAGGCGGAGGCAACAACGGUGGACUACUCCCUUUUGAUGGCCGCUCUGCACCCUCUUUCUUGGAUAGGGGUAGAUUUGCAUUCUUACGAUUUCUGUUGUAAUUUGGCUUUUGCUUACCUAGGAGCUUAAAGAGAAAAAGGUUGAAGGUUUCAAAAUGGCAUUGAGUUGAGGGUGAUGGGUUGAGAAGAAUAAUGUAUGAUAAGUGAUGUGUUCUGAGAUAGACAGCCUGCUGUAAAGAAGAGUUCUUAAUUUUACAAAUGUUUAGUGUAAUGGGCUAAUGGCUGUGCAGGAGAAAACCUAGUUUCCAGCAUUAUCUGGGUUUGACAGUAAUAGCAGGUUUUGGGCGGUCUUGUGUUUUUUAAGAGCAUUUGUGUUUUGUAGGAGCAUACAAAUAUGUGGCAAUGGAAAUGCAAUUUUAAUGGUAUGGAUGGAAG